UACAAAUAUAAUCUGUGUGUUUCUUCCUUCAAUUUUCAAACUGAAUUUGUGUACUAGAAUUACAUAAUUUUAGCGAUUUUCAAGCCAAAAAAUAUGUUAAAGUUUGGUGUAAAAUCUGCCAUACUGGGCACAGCAGUAUAUUAUACAGUAGAAAAAGGUGUUUGGAAAGACAGUUCUACUUCAAGCGAGUUGUAUAAUGAACUGGAAAAAGGCGUUUCACCAUACGUAGGAGAACUGAAAAAGCAAGUGCCAUAUGAGUUGCCACCAUUACCGUCAAAUGAUAAAGUAUCUUACCUAUGCAAACACUAUUGGAAUACUGGAGUUAAAGCUACAUUUAGGUUUUUGAUUAACUUACCUGAUCAUGCUACAAAUGCUGUAACUAAAACAUACAAUUCACUUUCUGCUGCCUUGGAACCAGUUGAACCAAGUUCAAAAUCAAGUGAUGGAAAAAAGUAAUCUGUAUUGUAACUAAAGAUUAUAUUAGUCAUUACUUUUAAAUACAAAUAUUAUAAUGUUAACCAUGU